AGGAAUGAAGAACAUACAGCUUCAUCUUAAUCAUGUUUACCUUUUCAUUCAUUCAUUUUCAGUACUCCAGACACAAAACCUUUUUUGUGCAUUUGAUUUUCACUACUGUGUUUUCUGUUUCUAUUGUUAUGCAAUUUGUGCAAUGUGAAAUGACUGAAUUACAAAGCAAUUUGUAUUACAUUAUCAAUUCUUAAGCAUGUUUUCCUGUUUUCUCCUAGAUAACUUAGAGUCCUCUCAAAGAGACAUUGUGUUUUUGCUGGAUGGAACACAUGACACACAGAGUGGUUUUCCAGCAAUGAAAUCCUUUGUCCAACAGGUUGUAGAAACACUCAAUGUAGGCCAAAACACGGAUCAUGUUUCUGUGGUUCAGUACAGCCAAAAUCCAGAAACAAAUUUUGCUCUGAACACUUACAUGACAAAACAAGAUGUCCUUGUUGCAGUCAAGAACUUGAAUCAUAAAGGAGGCAAGCCUCGUAACACUGGUGCAGCCCUUGAUUACGUGAGGACCAAUGCUUUUUCAGAGUUCUCGGGGAGCAGGCAUAAAAAAGGUGCACCCCAGAUUUUGCUUCUGCUAAGUGGGGGAAAGUCUCAAGAUAAUGUUGAAACUGCAGCUACAUCCUUAAAACAGAAAAAUGUUGUUACAUUCUGUGUGGGUACAAGAACAGCUGACAUAAUUGAGCUUCAGAUGAUUGCACAUAAUCCAUCUUACGCUUUUUCUGUGCUGACAUUUGAUGAUGUUGGAAGCAUUCAACAGCAACUUGUGUCAUUUGUAAAAAGGGUGCCACAACAACGGCAAAAAAUAAAAAUGGAAGAAGUGCAAGGUUCCAUGGAACAAAGACUACCCACUCAAAGAGACAUUGUGUUUUUAUUGGAUUCUACUGAUGAAAUGCGGAGUGAAUUUAAGACAGUAGUUGGAUUUGUUGAGAGAAUACUGGAUCAACUCAAUGUGGGAGAGAACAAAGAUCGAGUUUCAGUUGUUCAGUACAGCAAUGAACCUUCUGCUGAUUUCUUUCUGAAUACUCACAAAACAAAGCAGAGUGUUACUGACAAUGUUCAAGCUCUCAGACAUAAAGGAGGCAGACCACUAAACACUGGAGCAGCUCUUAAUUAUGUCGCAGAUGAGAUUUUUGCACCUUUAUCUGGUAGUAGGCGAAAACAAGGUGUUCCACAAAUUCUCAUUCUCCUAACUGGAGGACCAUCCAGAGAUGAUAUCAGAAAUGCUGUGGUAAAAUUGAAAGAAUUUCGUGUAAACACCUUUGUGGUGGGAGUCAAAAAUGCAGAUAUGCUUGAGAUGCAAUCUGUUUCAGAGGAACCUAGCAAAGCGUUUCUUGUAGCAGAUUCCAGCAACAUGGCAGACAUUGAGCAGAAAAUAGUUUUAGCGAUUGAGAAGAGUGAAAACUCAGUGAAGACAUCUGGAUUACAUGGUAAGAAUUGCUCUAAUGCAAUUGCACUAUUUGAUACAUUGCCAGCCAGUCUGAUGCGUAUUAUGCAACAGCAUUAGCAGCUAUUUAAAGACCCACUACAAUAAAAAAAAAAAAAAAA